AGAAUGCAGCAGGAUACCUCUGUCACACCUGCCUGCUGCUUCAGACCCUCUUCAAGCAGACACACAACAGCUCAUUGACUCACUGUGGAUUCAGCUCGUGAAGGAUGUGUGCUACUUUCGGAUCCCAUAAACAUGAUGCCUCGGAUCUAACUGGCCCACGCAGUGAUAUGAGUAACGCGCUGGAGGAAAUACACGCCUCUGGAAACCUCCGAGAGAAAGCAGAGAUUUGUCAGAUUGGCCAGGGUAAUGGGAGCGCCGUGCCCAACCCAGCCCCAAUCUCACUGAGGGCUCCUCCACUGACACCAAACCACCAGAAGCCGAGAACUUCACACUGCAGGGGGAACAGAUGUGAUAAUCAGGAAGUGGAGUUUUUCCUCGCCCCAGCUCCAAACCCUGAUGAUCCCCCAGCCCUCCACCCCGACGCCUCUGAAUCUUUAUUACCUGGGACAAAAACUAGUGUCAAACAGGUAAUCAAAGUGUACAAUGAAGACAACACCAGCAGAGCAGUGGAGGUUCCCAGUGACAUCACUGCCCGGGACAUAUGCCAGCUGUUUGUUUUGAAGAACCACUGCAUUGAUGACCACAGCUGGACUCUGUUUGAGCACCUACCACAUCUGGGAAUAGAGAGAAUCAUCGAAGACCAUGAGUCCGUUAUGGACGUGACGUCAGGCUGGGCCAUGGACACAGACAGCCGGCUGUGCUUUAGGAAGAAUUAUGCAAAAUAUGAAUUCUUCAAGAAACCUCUGGACUUCUUCCCUGAUCACAUGGUCUCCAUGUGCAGCGACACCGACGGGACGGCGGAUCAGUCUCAGCUGAUAGAGGCCUUUCUCAGCUCCAGCACGUGCCUAGAGGUCCACGGGCAUCUCCACGCCAAGGAGCAGAGCAGGAAGUCGUGGAAGAAGUUUUACUUUGUCCUGCGGAGGUCCGGACUUUAUUUCUCCAACAAGGGAACGUCUAAGGAACCCAGGCAUCUCCAGUUCAUUGCUGACUUCAGUGACAGUGAUGUUUACUCUGUCUCGUCGGCUAAAAAGCUCCACGGAGCGCCUACAGAUUACGGCUUCUGUGUCAAGUCCACAAAGUGCAGCUCAGCCCGGGACUUGAAGCUGCUUUGUGCAGAUGAUGAGCAGACUAGGACCUGCUGGAUCACAGCCAUGCGCUUGUUAAAGUACGGGAUGCAGCUGUACCAAAACUUCCACCAGCCCCAUCAGAAGCCAAUGAGAAGCAUCUCAGAGAACUCGCUGGUGGCGAUGGACUUUUCCGGCCAGAAGACCAGAGUGAUCGAGAACCCGUCGGAGGCUCUGUCUGUGGCCGUGGAGGAGGGUCUGUCGUGGAGGAGGAAAAGCUGCCACCGUCUGAGUGGUCACGGGAGUCCGUCCGCGUCGCAGAGCUCCGUGUCAAGCCUAGCUCUGCACCUGGCUCAGCCGUGGUUCCACGGCAAACUGUCGCGGGACGAGGCCCAGCGCCUCAUAACUCAACAGGGCCUCAUCGACGGAGUGUUCCUUCUGAGGGACAGCCAGAGCAAUCCCAAGACAUUUGUGCUGUCACUGUGCCACAUGCAGAAGGUCAAACACUUUCAGAUCCUACCUGUGGAGGACGAUGGAGAGUCGUUCUACAGCCUGGACGAGGAUCAGACGCGCUUCACCGACUUGAUUCAGCUGGUGGAGUUCUACCAGCUAAACCGCGGGGUGCUCCCCUGCAAGCUCAAGCACCACUGUGCCCGGAUCGCUCUGUGAGCGCCGGCGCCACGGGCCCACGCGCACCCUACGCAGCCUUCGCCCCCCUGGGAACUUCACAAACACUCCCGCUGAUUUUGUGCCUUGAAGAAAGAAGACAGACGAAUUCAUUCGAACGCUGUCGCCGUCCACUGGAGUCCACAUUCAAACGGUGGUUUGUGGUCCAUGUUGAGUUUACCAAUCAGCUGGUGUAAAUGAAUGAGCACAGCUGCUGAAGAUGAUGUCUGCCCUGAGUCCUGAGUGAUGCUCCCACACUGUAUGUGGCACCAGGUCCACUGUCCAAAGAGGAAACAUGAAUUUAUUCUCAAUAUUUUAAACAUAAACGUGUGCGAACAGCUUUUGAUUUUAUCAACGCCAGCAUUGUUUUUUAUUUCGCUGAAACCAUGUUAAUGCAGUGUCGACUACAGUACGUAUACAAUAAUAAUAUUUGCCUGUCACUUACGGUUUUGUCCACUCUAAAUGUUUAUUUGCCGUCAUGUUCGUGAGGGACGACAGUCUGCGACGAACCGAACACCAAAGCUCUGUCCGAGUUCAAUCCGAGUGAAACUAAGCUAUUGUACAUUUCCUCUGUCGCUGCAUCGCGAAGUAUUCAGGUACGUGUUGUGCUCGUGUGUUUUUUAAUUAUAAGCGUCCUCUCAGGAAGCGUGGCCUGUGCAGCUGGACAGAGUUAGACAGUAGGUGGCAUUUCAAUACAUAAAUGUGCAUUAAAUGAAGUGUUUGUAUAAUAACGAGCGAAGAACUGAAAUAUUUGACCCAUGUUUAGCGAUGACGCCAGGUGGAAAUGGGAAAAACGACACUGUAAUAAAAUUCAGGUUCUGAUACUUUUCAUCCAGAUUUUACCCUGAGAUGUAUUUUGACCACUGCUGCACUCGUUUUUAAUGUGUUUCAAUAAGCUCUGCUCUAAGUCACUGACAUCAUUAAAACGACCAUGUUGUGUUUCUUUUGUUCA